AUGACUAUAAAAUUAAAAGUGUUCUUUCACUUUGUUUAUUUCUGUAAAGAAUGUUCAAGUGCUCUUGGUAUGGAGAGUCGCCACAUCAAAGAUGCUCAAAUCACUGCAUCUUCACAAUGGGAUAGAAAUCAUGCGGCAAUCCAGGGAAGAUUGAACUUUAAGGCUGGUGGAGGUAAACAGGGAGGAUGGUCAGCUCGGUCGAACAAUGGAAAUCAAUGGAUACAGGUGGCUCUUGGCAGUUACACCAAAUUAACAAGUAUAGCAACACAGGGAAGGAAUGCUGAUAGCCAAUGGGUAACAGCAUACAAGCUGCAGUACAGUGAAGAUGGAGUGAACUUCUACUACUAUAAAGUACCAGGACAGAGUUCACCUAAGGUACAUAAAUUACCAUGUGUCAGAUAUUGAAAGCUUUUUUGGGUAUAUCUCAAGUCGACCUGUAGAAAAUGAACCUUUAAGUGGACAAAAUCUGUUGAUAUUCAUGUUGUAUCAUUAUUUGAAUUGAAUAGUAUAUUGACAACUAAAUAAUGUAAAACAUAUUGGCAUGUAGGUGAUUAUGCUUUGCAUUUCUAAGAAUUGCUUUGUUCAACCCUUAAACUCCCAGAAGUGAUUCCCAUGUAACUUCUCCCAACAAUAUCCAUCCACUAUCCAGCAAACAGGUAAUGAGAAUACUCAAAUGUAUCAGGUAGAAGUUGUUAUCUUGGUAUAAUACCAAAUUCUUGCAACUAAUUUACAAGGAAAUGUGUAACAGUGAGAUGUGAGAAUUGACAACCAGAUCAUGGGAGUUAAAGGGUUAUUUAAUAAGCAAUUGAUACUCGACUAAACAGAAUAAUGAUAAAUACAAUGAUGUUAAUUUGUUAUGGGAAUCACUUAUCUUACUAGAUUUUGUAUGUUGAUCAUUUAAGGUUUUAAAGGAAAUAAAGACAGGGAUAGUAUUGUGUACCAUGAAAUAAACCCACCAAUCCAAGCACGUUAUAUCAGACUCAGACCCACAGCAUGGUAUCAUCAUAUAUCACUCAGGAUGGAGCUGUAUGGUUGUCUAGGUAUGGUAACUGUUACUCUUUGUCAUUAAUCAACAUUAGCUUAUGCUUGGAGUACCUCCUCAUCCAUGUAUAUUGUCAAUUGACAAACAGUUCUGCUAACACAUAAACAUUAUCUAGGGAUUGCAACUGGGUGCUAGAACUAAAGUUCUAAUUUUGGGGGAUUUUGUAGACGGAAUUGAAGGGUAAGGAUGUUGAUGUGCAGUUGAUUGACAAAAGAUGUACAAAAUUAAGGAAAUGUUUUGGUGAACCAAACAUUUGGUACUGGUAAAUAUAAGCACUUGGUAGCAAACAUUUUAUUUUCCAUAUCAUGCGGUAAAUUUUGUUGCUUGCAUUAUGAUGAAAGUCAUUUUGUAGGGAUAACAUGACAAUAUAUUUUACUUGAGAUGUUUCUCAUCUUGUAGGUUCAAGUUAGUUAAGGACUAGUAUUUCACACCAAUUUUACAGUAUUCACAAAAGGCCAAAAAUUUAUAUUAAAACCAAACAGUUUGAGGUUCUAUUUUCUCGGCUAUUUGGUGUUAAUUUGCUCAAGAACAAGUUUCAGCUGGUUAGUUUGACAUGAAAGCAACCAUGUUUUCCAAACUUUUUCUAAGUUGAUUUACUAAAAGCAUUAUAAUUUGCUAAACUGUCUGUUCUAUGAAAUGCCCCAAUUACAAAGUUUUUAUUUCACUAAUUGUUUACAAAAACACCUGUCUAUUCCAAUAAAGGAAAAUGCAAUUAGAAGUAAGUCACUGGUUCCCAGGAUGGUGCAAGUUAUGCUAAGACAUCUGAUUGUUUUUGUGACUUCUUGAUGAGCUAUACUUAUGAAAUUCAGGGGAUUUCUCAUUUAGAUUUGAAGUUAACGAACCUGAGAGCAAUCUGGGAAUUUUCCAUAGAUCUCAUCCAUCAUAUAGGAUACUGUACCUGCAUGCUUUAAAAUGAGUAAAUUCUUCAAUUACUAUUUUGUGAGAUUUUUCAGAUUAUGAGAACUGUUUGCUAUAAUUAUUGUGUGAGUGUGAAUUGUGUGGUUCUGCAUCUGCAGUUAUCUGGUAAGAAGUCUUGUUACAGUAACUAUAUUUACACAAGAACCGAUGUAUUGCAAAAUGUCAAGCCAACAAAUUGCAUAUUUUGCAUGACUGUAAAAUAAAACUGCUCUUUCACUUUCUUUAUUUCUGUAAAGAAUGUUCAAGUGCUCUUGGUAUGGAGAGUCGCCACAUCAAAGAUGCUCAAAUCACUGCAUCUUCACAAUGGGAUAGAAAUCAUGCGGCAAUCCAGGGAAGAUUGAACUUUAAGGCUGGUGGAGGUAAACAGGGAGGAUGGUCAGCUCGGUCGAACAAUGGAAAUCAAUGGAUACAGGUGGCUCUUGGCAGUUACACCAAAUUAACAAGUAUAGCAACACAGGGAAGGAAUGCUGAUAGCCAAUGGGUAACAGCAUACAAGCUGCAGUACAGUGAAGAUGGAGUGAACUUCUACUACUAUAAAGUACCAGGACAGAGUUUACCUAAGGUAAAUGUAGAGGCAGUUACUUGGUUUAAAACUGUUGAAAAUAUAUUCUUAUGUCUGCACAGUAUACAGGUAACAGUUAUUAUAUGUUGCAAGUAGUCCUAUUAAUUUAUCUGCAACGACCAUUAGGGGCUUAUAAUGCAGUCUACCAUGGAAUAGGUUAAUAAUGCCACAUAUCUAGCCUGGCAUUCAAAAUUGGUCUUUCUUGACUUUCUCUUGCAUAUUUACAACUAGUGCAAUAAACACGUUACAAUUUUAAAUGUUAGUUGAAACUAUUGGAGAAUCAUGCAUAAUCCAACAGGAAUGGCGUGACUGUGGUAGCUGACUACUAAUAUUACUUGCAUGUAUUUGUAGGUAUUCAAAGGAAAUAAAGACAGAGACAGCAUUUUUUAUCACCAGUUAAACCCACCCAUCAAAGCUCGCUACAUCAAACUUCGACCAACAUCGUGGUAUAAUCAUAUAUCGCUAAGAAUGGAGCUGUAUGGUUGCUCAGUAGGUAUGAUUAUUAUCUUACACCAACUUAUUUGGCACUGAAAAUUGGAAGGGUGAAACACGUGUUUUGAUUAUAACCAGCAUAAUGCUGAAAUAUGGAUAUGGCAAGAAACUCCAGAUUGUUAGAUGCUACAUUAUGACAUAGGUAGAAAAAUUUCUGCUUGAUCGAAUUUUGUCUAACUUUUAACUUUUCAAUAGAACUGUACGUACCUACCCACAAACAUACCUACAUACCUCUGUACAUAAACACACACUCGUGAACUGUUCUUUUACCUUCUUUGUUUCUGUAAAGAAUGUUUGGCACCUCUUGGUUUGGAGAGUCGACGCAUUAAAGAUGCUCAAGUCACUGCAUCUUCGCAAUGGGAUGGAAAUCAUGCAGCAAUCCAGGGAAGAUUGAACUUUAAGGCUGGUGGAGGCAAGCAAGGAGGAUGGUCAGCUCGGCAGAACAAUAAAAAUCAAUGGAUACAGGUGGCUCUUGGCAGCUACACCAAAUUAACAAGUAUAGCAACACAGGGAAGGAAUGCUUACAGCCAGUGGGUAACAGCAUACAAGCUGCAGUACAGUGAAGAUGGAGUGAACUUCUACUUCUAUAAAGUACCAGGACAGAGUUCACCUAAGGUAAAUGUAGUAUCAGUUAAUUGGCUUUAAACUGUAAAAAUAUAUGCCUAUAGUUGCACGGUAUAACAGUUAUAACAUGUUGCAAAUAGUCCUAUAAGUUAUGUGCAAAUACCAAGGGGCUAAGUGCCUGAUCAUGCAGUCUACAAUGGAAGAAGUUAAUUAUCUAGCCUGCAUGGCAUUGCGACAAAAUUGGUGUUUCUUGACUUUCUCUUGCAUAUUUACAACAAGUGCAAUAAACACGUCACAAUUUUAAAUGUUAGUUGAAUCUAUUGGAGAAUCAUGCAUAAUCCAACAGGAAUGGCGAGACUGUGGCAACUGAUUAUUAAUUUUACUUGCUUGUAUUUGUAGGUAUUCAAAGGAAAUAAAGACAGGGACAGCAUUGUUUAUCACCAGUUAAACCCACCCAUCAAAGCUCGCUACAUUAAACUCCGACCAACAGCAUGGUAUGGUCAUAUAUCACUAAGAAUGGAGUUGUAUGGUUGCUCAGUAGGUAUGAUUGUUGUCUUACACUUGUUUUGGCACUGAAAGUUAGAAGGGUGAAACGUACAUGUUUUGAUUACCAGUGUAAUGCUGAAAUGUGGAUUCUGGAGGAAACGCUAAAUUGUAAAAUUUAGAACUUUUUUUUGGUAUUUAAUGUUGCUAUUAAGCUUUAGUGGAGAUUCCAGAAUGUCUUCCUUUUGAGGCGGGUCAGUCUGUCCUGGGCUGGCAGCAACCAGGCAGGAAAUUUAUUACGGGAUAAGAAAAGCCUUUAGUUUGAUCUGUCUUACAGCGAAGUCCGGGCUCAGAUGGCAUUCCUGUUGAGGUUUUACCGUAAGCGAAAUCAGCGCUCUCUUGCCACCUGCUCCUACGCCGGUGCUGGGAGUGGGUAUGAGUAUGGGCUGGGCUGGGUUGCUUAACCUUGCACGCACAAGAACCAAAAUCAAAGUGUAGUGAGUCGUGGGCCGGGUUGUUCAAAGCUGGGUUAAGAUAACCCAGGGUUAGUUUGAAAUCUGAUUUGAAAUCUGAAAGCUUUAAAAGAAAAUUCAUUAUAAUGUUAUUUGUGUACAAUUUUAAGAUAGGAUGCCCUAAAAAGAACAGAGAAAAUUAUCCAAAAGGGCAUUUGAACAAAGUAAUAAAGAUAGCUAAAUUAAAAUUGAGCCCUGGCUGAGUUCGUGCUAAUCGGCCUUGUAACAGCUUUGCCGCUCUGACGUCCCACAUUUAGGUGGGCCUUUAGUUUCCAUCAUUUCCAUUACUCCUGCGUUUUGACUUUUUCUACGAAUAAAAUUCGCCUUUAGCUACCUUGAACUUAACCCAGUCGCUUGUUAAUUCCUUUUAAAACAACCUGCAUUUUAUUACUUAUUUUUCACACGCAGGGCAAAGUCUAGAUGGGCAACAACUAAUCAAGGAGCCCUCUCUGAUAUUAUCGUUUGCUCUUGUUCAGUGUAUCUUCACUUAUUCGAGAUCGCAUUAUAUCUUUGGUUAUGGUCUAGUAGAGGUACAACAGAGUUUCAAUUUGCUUUUCGUAGUAAAAUUACGCGGAAUUUUUUUUUAGGCAACUUAUUAUAGACGAAUAAUUUUGAUUUUCUCUAUGUUCGAGGGACGGCGGUAAGCAUUUCUUUUGCAACCGUUAUUUGGUCUCGUCACGCAACGCACUCUCUCUCCAACGGGAAAUGGAGGGCGUUGGCUGACGAGAAUAAACAACAGCGGCGAAGUAGACAACAGUAAGCGUGGCACCGAUUUCAUUUUUACUUAGAAAUAUUUAGGUAAUAGACCACAAAAUAUCUGUGUGAAUUCAGAUAAAUUAGGUUUUUUCUGUCUUUCUCUUAAGGUGAAGUGAUGCGAUAUUUUCGUUCUUUUGAAAGUUAUGCUCUUUUCAGUUGCAAAACUGAAAACAUUAAGUAUACAAACUGUCGCCUCUCAACCCACACAGCAAAAAAAUUAACUUUUGCAUGCUACGCAUGCCUAUGUUCUACUUUGUGUCAACUUACUUGUUUCGAAUCAGUUAUUUCAGUUUUUUUUUUUGGUUUAUACAUAUUUCCAAUCGAGAUUGUAUGUACCAUCCGAUUCUAAAAUUUUGUAUGUUUAUACUACUAUACUUGUAUAUUUUCACUAAAAGCUCCUGGAGUAAAUGUCCUCUGCGGCGAUAAAACCAUGACCAUUGUCAUCCCAAAGACCCUCCUCCGUGGUCUUGAUUUAAAGAAUCUUCGACUCCUGGACACCAAAUGUAAAGGCAAAGAAGGACGGACCCACCUUAGCGUUACAACAUCAUUGACGGGCUGUAAAACUGUCAGCAGAUAUACACCCACAGCUAUCAUCUACUCCAACACACUGAAAAUACCCGUGGCCGCUAAAAGUGCUGUAACACGCGUACAUGACAUAAAAGUGCAGUUCAGCUGCUAUUACUCAGCGCAUGGUAUAGUUUCAUCGCUUGGUUGGACGCCAAUUAAAACAACACUUGAGCUUCGAGAAGAGGCCAAAGGGAACUUGACACUGUCGUUGAGAAUGUUUCACAACAAGGCAUUUGUGAAUCCUUACACGAAAGUUGAUUUCCCUGUUGCUGUGGAGCUGCGUAGACGAUUGUACUUUGAGGUAUCCGUGGCAACAGAUGACAAAAAGCUGUCAGUCAGGGCUGAUCGAUGUUAUGCCACGCCCACCCGGGAUCAAAAGAAUUCUCUGAAAUAUGAGUUUAUAAAGAAAGGGUAUGUUUAGUGAUAAAUGUUUUGGACACUUAAUUUCUACUCCUUUCGAAAAAUUACUCUUGGUUUAUUUUGCGGUUACUUGAGACGUUUUCCUAAGCAAGUUAGUGACAAGUAAGAAAAAUUGGACACACUUCGUAAUCUUGAAUUCCAUGAUGAUCAACAUAAGUUAAAAAAAAAAACUUUUGUUAAGGAUAUUCUUAGGUAUAAUUUCACCUUGAUCAAGGAAAUUUGCUUUACUUUAGCUGCCCAAGUGACGUAACGGUGAAAUAUCAUUCAUCGCCUUCUUCUCGUGCUCAGCGGUUCAGCGUGCUCAGCGGUUCUCGUGCUCAGCGGUUACUUGAGACGUUUUCCUAAGCAAGUUAGUGACAAGUAAGAAAAAUUGGACACACUUCGUAAUCUUGAAUUCCAUGAUGAUCAACAUAAGUUAAAAAAAAAAACUUUUGUUAAGGAUAUUCUUAGGUAUAAUUUCACCUUGAUCAAGGAAAUUUGCUUUACUUUAGCUGCCCAAGUGACGUAACGGUGAAAUAUCAUUCAUCGCCUUCUUCUCGUGCUCAGCGGUUCAGCGUGGAAGCCUUUAAGUUCAUUAGUGCUCAUCCCUUUGUUUUCGUCCACUGCCAAGUGACUGUAUGCAAUGCAACCAACCCAGGUUCCAAAUGCUCGAUGAAAUGUCCUUCAAGUGGCCGAGGGAAACGUGAGCUGAGUGAUAACGUGACUUACGACGUGUACUCUUUAGUGCAGGGACCCCUGCACCUGACGCACGAGAAAAGAAAGGAGAACCGCGGGAGAAUUCUGGAUAAGACUGGUACGUCGAUGAGCUGUUUCCGGGGACACAUAUUAGGGAUGCAUCCUGAGGAUAAAUUCUAUCCCCGGCCCCCAGUACCCCAUGGACCCCUCUUGAAAGGCCCCUCAAGAUUUUUGAGUUGUGAAAAAUAUCUCUGAUAACUUUCCCCAUUCCCAAAAUGAUUCACCCUUCUUUGUUUGUAUAUUUUUUUCCCGACCUAAUUACAAACGUAUUGUUACGACAUCUUAAACCAGCAUGGUACAGUAUGACGCUUCGCAAGUGAGGAUUUUUCAACUUUGCAGUGAAAUUUCUUUUGAAUUAAGUCUAUAUUCCCCCUUUUCUGUGACGUCCCUAGGUUCCAGUCCUCACAUUCCGGAGGCUCUGUCCGCUGACAAUCAUCACAAGUAGCUUCAAACUCAUUUACACUUGGACUUGAACCACUGAAGGAUGUUUGAGCUGGAUAUUCGUAUAAAGGGUGUUUCACAAGUUCGUGCCCAUUUUUCUAAAAGGCUAUAUCUUACUUAUUUUUGCAUUCUGGAAGCCGUAUCUUUAAAAAAAUUACCUAAUUUUGCUUACUUUAACCAAGUUUUAUAGUCAUCCAAAAGUUGAAGGGGAAAAAAACAUAUUUAAAAUAAUUUUCCGGCAUCACAGAAAUAAUUUCUGUGAUGGCUAACCGACUAAUAAAAAGCACUCACUUUUCGCGUAAUUGUUUUUUUCUUUUUCGUAAUUUUUACAUCGCUAUUGACCCGGAACAAAUAAGAAAUAUUUUUUUUCCUUUUUUGAUGUUUUUAUUAUUAUUAUUAUUAUUAUUAUUAUCAUUAUUAUUAUUAUUAUUAUUUCAAGGUAGCUAAAGAAUCGUAUUAAUCCUUAAAAUCCUGUUAUCUCUUCUACUUCUCCAGCUCAAGCAUACCUCUUAUAUUUAGACGCUGAAUAAUCUCAAAAACUGACGAAAAAAAUAUGCGGAACAGCGACAACAGCAAACAAACAAUUGUAACUUACAAAUAAUUUUGAUAUUUAAGUUCGGUUCUUGAGGUUACUCACUGAUCUAACUCAAACAGGACUGUCGAAAAGAUUUGAUAUGUGUAAGGGUGCCUGCGCCUAUAUUUUUCUCAUUUUGUAGUACGGAAUGACAGAACUGGCUCUUCAAUCAGCUGUUAGUCGAAAAGGGAUUAUUACUGAAGAGAUUUUAAACCUGUCUUUAGUAAGACUGAAUAACCACUGAAUGCUAGUUUGCCGAGUUAUAGAAAAACUCAGCAGCACUUUUCUAGGAAAAGAAGAUGGUUUAGGAUUGGCCAUCCUUAGAGGCAUUGCAGGUGAUCAAGUUAAGAAUUAAUAGUAUGACAUCUUACUAAUGAGCCAGCAGCUUUAAACGUUAAUGAUGCCGCAUAUAGUGCUGUGAUGGGACGGCAGGCAGAAGGUUACUGAACGCGAAGAAUUAGAACUUUCCUAUUAAGGCGCUAGCACAAGAAAAUAAUCCAAGAUUGAUUGAAGCUUCUGUUUUUUCCAGUCUUUGAAAAUUGAAAAAUAACUGCAUUAAGCUUUUGAGGUACGGGAUAUUGAAUCGAGGUUUUAAGUUUUACGGUAGUGAUGAAGAGUUAUUAAGGAACAUCAGCUGGUUGACAGAGCCUUUUUCUCAAGUUUAAUAUUUUAUUUUAAAGAAAUGGUGAAGGGAAAUGAUGUGGGUAUUAACUUACACAUAAAAACAGGCAUAGUGCUCUUAUAUACACGAGUGAUUGGAUGUUACGAGAGCAUAAGGUUGACCAUAAUGGAUAAGAUGUUUUCAUCCCGGAAACUCUCUGCUCAAGAUAUUUUUGACGUGGUGUUCAGUUAAUACUUAGGUAUCCUGCUGGGGAGCUGUUGCUUGAAAGUAAAAUAAAUUGAAGAAACAGAAUUUUGCCCUCAUUUAUUAGAUCACAUUCAAGACGUAAAAUGACUCCUUGAGCCUUUGGAAGAAAAAAAAGCGGGAAAGGUUGAAUCAUUACCUUCGUCAUUGUCGUUAUCAUUUGUAAAUCAUUUGAGCUUUUCUCGUAAUUGGAAUAUAUUUCUUAACAUACAAUAGAGAUGUUAUCUCGCCAGCUUUAGGUUCAGCAAUCAUCAGCCUCAUUUCCUUGUUUACCUACUCACUUAGUUUUCCACUCAGUUAAGGAGUCUCCAACGUUGCCCAAAUCAGAGUGGCAGUCAAGUAUUUGCACAACGUAUUCGUAAUGUUAUAAGUGAUCCUUGGGAGAGAUUUGUCAUCUACUUUUUCCCUUCCUUGUGGACUUUUAAAGUCAUCGAAAUCGUUCACUAGGCUUUGUAUCGUGAUAGCACGGUGCCGUUCAUAGCUGAAAGAUGUUUUGUGACGUGUCUUUAAAUUUUGAGCUGUUCAAAAACUGCAAAUUAUGGAAAGAUUGUCAAAACGGACUUACAGUUAAAACCUACUAUUUUAGCGUAUGUCUCUUAAAUUGUUGAUAAGUCAGGUAACUUUCGAAACACUGCGAAUUGCAGAACGUGAUCAAACUUUAGUUUUGAGUACUCCAUUUCAGUCUAAUUUUCUUUCACCCAAGAUCCUGUGAGCCAUUUGUGGGAAAUAACGCCGGGGGGUGGGUGCACGCCUUCGCUUCGCUCACUGCUCACGCUUUAAAUGGAAAAUGAACGUUAGCUCCUUAUCAAUUGUUCCCGAAAUGCAUCAUCAAAAGUGUUUUCAUUUAAUCGUUUACCCGUUUCGUAAUUAUUUGGUUUACUGACAAUCCCAUUCCUUGCAAUUGAAAACUUUAUUCUACGGCCCCCCUUAUAGGCAUUCACGCUAAACGGAACUUUGUUUACAUUUCCAUUUGUAACCUACAUUUUAUUCACUUGUGCCAUAAGAUUCUUGCUCUUCCUAUCAUCUUUACCUCUUUCCCUUUAUCAAAGGUGGUACUUGCCACCCACGAUAGAUUGCCGGUAUCUGAUGAAAAGUCAGACCAACGGGAUUCGAAGCAGUUUAUCCUAACAAAUUCUUGUUCCUCCGCAUUUUUUGAGAAAACUCGGCAGCGUUCUCUGAAAUCGUUCUCUGCAAUCAGAACGACCUCGCACACGCGUUAGAAGAAUAAAAAUCUUUUGUCUACUUAUAAUGAUCUCGUAGCCAUAUCGCUUGUCAUGCAUACAUUCCUAAAAUAGUACAAAGAUUUUAAUGUGAGUUUGUUGACCGCCCCUACACGAUUAAGAGCUUCUUCUAAAGGAAAUUCUGUCUUAUCCGGAGGAAACACGAAUCGUUGAUUAAGUGAUGGAGAAACUUAGCUGAAAAGGAGUUAUAUUGAAAUCUCAACAAUGUCUAGGAGAAUUCAUCCCCACGAUUUUUCUUCGCAAAAGGAGGACAAGAGGAUAUGGAGUUAACCUCAAUUUGAAGAACCUGAGUAAAUUUAUUAGUAACCAUCAUUUCAAAAAUAGAACAGAAGAAUAUAGCGUCAUCCAUAAUUUGAAGAACUUCAAUCCAUGUAUCAGUAAACAAUCAUUUCAAAUUAGAAGGCUUGACUUCAGCGGUCUGUCUUAUGACACGUGGGUGUUACACGACAUCUGAAGAUUUACGAGAUUCCUCUUACUCUGUCCCAGUUGACAAGAACUGCGGAAAAUAUUUAAAGUUCUCUUGGAAGGGGGAUUGUUUUAGUUUACCUGCCUUCCCAACGGUCUGGAAUCUGCUCUACGACUUUUUCGCCAAACUGCUUAACCUUUCACAUUAGUAUGAAAAUUCUCCACACUGUUCUUUAUAUAUUUCCCAAUGUGCUGACAAGGAGAAUUUGUUUGCUAAUCAAAAGAUUCCUUCCCUGGAGACCAUUUCCUUUAUUCUCAAGACCUUAAUGUGUGAUUCAGGGCUGAUACUGUAAGGAGAAAUUAGAUGCUAGUCACUCUAAGGGUAUAAAGGUCUAAACCUGUUUAUAAGACUGGGGAGGGAAAGAAAUUUGUACCAAGGGGGCGGUCGACGGUCAAAAAUAAGAAGAGGGUGGGGGUGGAAGAGUGAAGAUUUCCCCGCCCUGCAUCAAACAAAACACGGCCGGUUGAAUAAACGAUCGCGAGCUAGUUAACGUUAACUCGCCCUCAUAAGACGCCUGCAGUAAAGGCUACCCCUAUUCUGCUUUAGUUAUAGCACUGUUGAGAUCAACUGUGGGGGUUCAUCUUCCUUUGAUUUCUCACUUAAAGCCUCAUUGCAAAAACAGUGGUCUUCGUCUCAGUCUUUCAUUUAUAUUAUGUCCACGUGAGUGCACAGUUCCUUCAAACGAAUGAUCUCGUCAUAAAUGUGACCCUCUACGGGAAAACAGAGAAUAAGGUGAACGCAAGGCAGCGAUUGCUAGGCUGGUCGCUCUAGUCAGGAAGGAUCAAGAGACAACAAGUCCUUUUCCAGUCUUCUUGGUUCUCUUCAAAUAAAAUCAUUAAAGCUUUGUUUUGCUCAUUCUGCUUUUUCCAAAAAAGAAAUAUCGGUAAGCGCCCUGUCCUUGAUAAGCGCCCUGUCCCUAAUUACCGCCUUCCCUCGAAUGAGCGCCCUCCUUUGAGGUACCAAAAGUAAAUAAGCGCCCCGAGCGCUAAAUCGAAUCAUUACGGUGAAUGCCACGGCUGAAAUUAUACAGGGCCUAUGAACACGCUUAUUAAAAUAUCAAAUCAUACACAUAUACCCAAAGAAAACUGUCUAUCAGCCCUUUCACUAACAGAAGGGAAUCACAUUCAGCUCCUCCUUACAAUAACCUCACGCCCUCCGACAAAAAUGUGUAAUGAGAAUAGUCAAAUAUAUCCGCUACAUGCUAGUUUUACCUCGGUAUAAGAAAAUUAUUGGGAGCUAAAAUCGUGAAUUAAUAAUCACAACUUGGAAAAAAAUAUACUUAAAAUCAUGAGGUUGAGGGUCAGUGAUGAUUAGCCUAGAACCAUGAAUGAGAUUGUUACAAAAGAAAAAAAAUUCCUAAAUUGAUAUGAUUUGUUCACCAAGAAAAACCGAAACUACAUUACAUUCGUUUGAGUAUGUUUCAGGGUCUAAAAAGACAUAAAGUGAAAAACUCGACUAAGUGGCAUAAAAACGUCGCCAACAAGGUAUAUGAUUCUGUGUCUUACCUAAAACGUAUUAUGUGUUAAACUGUUUUAUAAGUAAUUUCUUAAGGAAAAAAAGAAAACCCACAUAGCAAACAAUCCAGAAAAAAGACGAAAUCAGAUUAUACACUUUGCAGUAGACCUCUCUUGAAAGUAGGAUUGUUCAAAACUUUACGCCCAAACCAAGAGAAAGUAAGGGGGUUAUUUUCUCAGGCCUGAGUUGAUUCCGCAAAAUGAACGUGGAAACAAGUCAAGAACAUUUGCAUCUGUUUUAUAGAACAAUCAAUCGAUAUCCUAUUUUAUAAUCCAUGACGCCGGACUCUAGCUUGACGUAUGUAGGUCCUAGAGCUGCAAUGCGUCCUUCAGUGCUCACUGCAAUCUUAUACAGGAAAUAGCCACUUUUGUAGAUAAAAACGCUUCGUACAAACUCACCAUCUUUGGUGUAUAUUCCAAUACAUAGGAGCUCUUUUUCAUCGUCAGUACUAGCCAAGACGACUUGUUGACUUUCCCUGUGAAAUGCAAUGUUUGGAAAGUGAACAAACCCUUUGAGAUCAAACUUACUUAGAUGAUCACCGAGUUCGCUAAAUAUGUGUACACAAUGAGAAGGCGUUUGGUCCACCACCAUAACUCUGCCAUCACUUACAGUGCUGAUGUCUCGCGGGCUCUUCAAAUUUUGUUCUCCAAAACUGCAAACAAACUGGCCAUCAGUCUCGUAUAGAUCCACAAAAUGAUAGUCCUUUGUAUAAUUGCCUUUCAAUACCAUCACUUUGCCACUAUCACUAACUGACAGUUUACACAGAUUGCACUCGAGGUCCAUUGUCCUCUCGCGAAACUUGUGAUACUGGUCAGCGGAUUUAUCGAACUUAAAAAUCCAACGCUGAUGAUUCUUUUCUUCAACCAGCACAUAAAUGUUGUCGUUUAUGUCUGUCGCCAGUUUAACCUUCCAGUUUUCUGUAGAUAGCUCUUUACCAUUGUCAUCAACAAGAGGAGGAAGUCUGAAACACUUCGCAAAUUUGCCACUAUUGUCAAACACCUUGAUUGUCAAGUCAUAGUCGGCUACAAUAUAUUGCCCGCUUGAGUUGGUAGCGAAACAGUGAAAGAGGCAGGUCAAAAUCGUUACCAGCUUUUAAGUAUGUCUAAGAAUAAUAACAGUCCAUCAGAAGCUUCAAAUAGUCACAACAGAAAUAAACGGUUUUAAACAUAAUCACUGAUUAGAAACUCAAUAUAUGUGAAUGCUCACAUGAUGACAAUGCAUAACUGUGCCGUGACUCAAAAGAUGAACUCAAACUGAUAAACAACACAAAAAAAUCAGUAUGAUCAUUCAAUAAUAAUUCAUUCUUCUUUAUCAAUUCAGAAUUGUUUUAAAAGGAUAACGAAAGACUUGUCUUUAUCAUAAAUUAGAGAUGACAGAAAAUUAUGAGGGGUAAUUCACUAUUGUGUUACUGCAUGUAUUUCUCGUUGGACUAAGCCUUCACCAAAGAUGUCAAAGCGGAGGAACGGGGAAAGUGCGGUUUUUGUCAGAAACUCUUAAAUAACUUGCUACAUUACUUUGUGUUCAUUCAGUUUACUGAUUUUCACUUGCCAAGGUUUAACUUCUGUGUCUUCAGUGCCACGAAUUAAUCUGUCCAAAAAUAAACAAUCUUCAACCUGUUUGGGUCACCGAGUGAUAAUCUGUUGAACUCACCGACAUUUUUAAGAUUAUUUAAAGUUUUUUUUUUUUCGCCCUAACGUUCAACUUACAGUUUUGAUAGCAAGAAAACGAAAAGGUUAAUUAAACCGAAAGGCUACCUUUAAUUUCAUAGCCUUUCCCAAGUUCAAAUAAAUUUAAUUAUUUCCCGUCUCUCGCACUGUGUGAGGGCUUUAAGAAAGUAUUGGGGAUGGGUAUAUUUAAGAUAACGACUGGGACGAUCAAAUGAACAAGACAAUGGGGUCAUGUAAUCACGAGGUUGAUCUACUGCUCGACGAAAGACUCUUGCAUUGAAUAAAUAGGCCAAGUUAUUUCCAUUCUCUACUCGCUUAUCUUUCCGGCGAAACGAAUUGUGUCGAGCUCAGCGCUGAGUAAAAAUGGCACGCAAGCGAGUGAAAUAGAUCUCCGUUUAAGCGAGUUAAAUGAUACAGUAGCCGUGUCUGAAAUUUUCUUUUCAUUAACCGGGCUUUCGUACUUUUCUCGCCCCGCCAUCAAGCCGCAAGCCUUUAAGCGAAAUUUGGAAACAAAUCAACAUGCGCUCACAAAUUUUCAUUAAUAGUAGGCCCUUUGAAUUGGCGGUAAAACUAAAACAAUACGAUCAAAACAAUUUUUAACGGUCUAUCAGCGCUUAAACUGAACGCUCAAAAACGCAAACGGUUCAACAGUGGACGUGUAGUGAUAUGAAUCAUUUGUUGGAGUCAGCUUUCAUAUGGCUCACGACUAAGAGCAAAAAUUUAACAUGAUGGGAAAACAAUUUGUUAAAUCAAUAGUCCUUUUUAUCAAACUGAGGACGGGAGUAAUACGAAAAAAGGGCGGAAGUUGGGAAGCAAAGGGCUGCAAAAGUACGGGAGGUGUGAGAACGUGGUACGGGAAGUUGGAGGCUGUGGGGCAAGAGUUGUACUCGAAAUUCAACGAAAUCAUACAAAAAAAAAAAAGAACGAAAGAGGUCGAAAACAAGAAAAAAUUCAGCAAGUGGUAAAUUUUGCCAGUAUUGACUAUAUUUCAGCUUUCACUAGAUACAAAAAAAUUACGUUUUUCAUUAGCGGGCAAGAGUUCCAUCUGGCCCGCUUGAGUAGCCAAGCAGAGCAAAGGACUCGCAUCAUCUCAUCCACAUGCUCUGCUAGGUAUGAAUUAAUUAGCAUUUACUGACAAGUUUGAUUUGAUCUCCAAGGAUCAUUAUACUAAUUUUUUACCAUCCAACGCGACAAAGUUCACUGCAGAAAUUGGUCUUGUUUGAAAAUUGACACGUAGAAAACAACAGCCAAAUACAAUACUAAAUUUGAUUAAUGAAACAUUCGACAGGAAAAGCACAAGUGUUCAAAACUACUUAAGCAAACACUGGGCCUAUCACAGCAGUAACUGUCCAAGCAUUAUGCUUAAAGGACAGAUAAGGCUAACGUUAAGAUUAUCGAAAAAGAGGAACACCAAGAUUAAAAUAUAAAAUGACGCACAUACAUGAGAGAGACUGGAUAUCAACCCCUUUCACUCACACAAGAGAAUCACAUUCAACUUCUCCUUACAAUAUCCAUACAUUAUCCAGUAAACAGGUAAUGAGAAUAAACAAAUAUCUCAGCUUAUUGCUGUGUCAGAUGUGUCGCCUUGCCAUGACAUAAAAAAAAUAUUUCCUCUCAGUAAAAGGAGAUGUAUGGCAGUUACAAUGUGCAAUUUUAUUAAUACAUCUAAAGAAGUGAGGACCACAAGGCUGAUUGCCAAAAAAGCAUCAUAUCUCAAGCUAAGCCUAGAGCCACCAAUAAAGUCCCUACAUGAUCUAUGAUGUAAUGCUUAUUUUCCAGGAAAAUUUCAAAACCGCAUUGCAUUUGUUCAAUUAAAUUCCAACGCAUCAAAAGUUAACAAAUUGAGGAUAUGAAACCUUUCAUUUUGGGCAUGAAACUUUAGUCUCAAGUUACAUCAUGGCAUGCGAAAAGUAAAGGCAUUUUGCUUAUUAUGUUAAUUACAUGAUUAUUGCUGCAAAGUACCAAUCCAUCCUUAAAAAUGAUUAGUCUGUAAACUAAACGUGAUUUUUAAAUAAUGCAAGUAAUUUAGUGUUAACAACUGGGUUGAAAACGUAAAUUAGCCACCGUAAAGGGUAAAAAAGCUGACGUUUCGAGCGUUAGCCCUUCGUCAGAGCAAUUUCGUUUUCAACCCAGUUGUUAACACUAAAUUACCUGCUAUACUCUCCCACCGACGCAGCACCACAGUUUCUUUAGAAACUUACCCCUUUAUUCAUUUUUAAAUAAUGAUUACUUGGCGUGUUGCAUCUUCAUGCUGGGUUAGUACUGCAAUGCGUCCCUCAGUGGUCCCUGCAAUCCCAUCCAGAAUAACGGACUCUCCCAUAGGGAUAACAGUACUUUGCACAAACUCACCAUCUUUGGUGCAUAUUAGUUUAGUCAGGAGGUCUGAAUUAUAUUCCUUAAGAGCGGCCACAAUGACUUGUUGACUUCCCUUGUGAAAAGCAAUUUUUGGAUAGGUCGUAGACAUUGGCAAAUUGAACUUGUUUAUAUAAUCACCUUGUUCGCUUAUGCACCACCAUAACUCUGCCGUCACUUACAGUAGUGAUGUCGUACGGGCUCCUCAAGAUUUGUUCUCCAAAACUGCAAACAAACUCACCAUUAGUCUCAUAUACAUUUACAAUCCCAAAAUUUUCUUUUACAGUAACUCUUCAGUACCAGCAUUUUACCACUAUCACUGACUGACAAUUUACAUAGCUUAAAGUCGAAGCCCAUCCUCCUGAUUUGAAGCGUGUGAUGCUGGUCAGCGGUUUUGUUAAACCUAAAAAUCCAGUUUGAGUCCAUACGACUCUCCUCGCUGACCAGGACAUAAAUGUUGUCAUUCGUGUCUGUGGCCAGAGGAAACGACCAGGUUUUAAUUAAUAGCACCUUACCGCUGUCAUCAAUAAGAGGAGGAAUUCUGAAACGUCUCACAAAAUUGCCAUUGUUGUUGAACACUUUGAUUGUCAAGUCAUUGUAUGCUACAAUAUAUUGCCCGCUUGAGUUGGUAGUGAUACCACGCGGAUUAUUUAACCCGUGAACCUCUACGCCAUCAUGACCAAGUAUCCAUGAUACACAACAGUUCUCCAUUCCCUGUUUACCGAGUAUUUCUCUUACUCUCCGAUCUCGCAGCAGAUCAACUCUCUCCUUUCCUGCAUCAAUCUCGGGCCAUUGUGGCAAUGAUUCUUUAACGGAUAUUGUUUGUGUGAUAUCGUGGGCGAUACAAUUAACAAGAUAUACACCGGAAAUAACUUUCCAGCGUUCUUUGUUAAAUAAACUCUUCACUGCCCUGAUUCCUGUUUUGAGCUGUUGUUGAAGACUUUGCUGAACCACUGGCAGACCAUUUAGCUUUUCAAUACACACUUUACAUGGUGCUACAGCAUCUGCGGGAUGGUCUAUUGUUUCUAAUACUGUGGCCAUCACUCGGUACUGCAUUGCUAUGAUGCGGUCAGUUGUUGAUAGCGCUUCAUUUGGAAAAAUUGAUUCCACUCAUUUCGAAGCUUCAACAUCCCCCCUCUCCCCGGCUGAGUAACGCACAGGCAUUUGACUGUCUUCCGGGGGAGGAGAGAAAUUUUGAACCCUUCCUGGGUAGAGUGAGGAACUUAAACCAGAGCUGUCAUGUGAAAAAGGCAUUCUUUUUUCUCCUGGUCUUUCUUAGGACACUAGUUUCGAAAUUCAAUACUAUUUUUACAUGAUUUGUACGCAUUUGCGACGACUGAUUUCUGAUCGCACAUUCCAGAUUAUUGAAGAGCUGAUGUGAAGAAAACGAACCACCGUGAUUCAAUACAGUUAAGUUGCACGCGUUGUAUCGAGAGAAUGUUAUUAAGGAAAGUCAUGAACAAAGCCAUUUUUUGAUAUCCAAGGUUCGCAAGAAAGAAAUUUGUUUCUAAAUAUCUCCUUGUUAUAUCAGUCAGUUUUCUUUUUUUUACUUUUUUCUCUUAUCCUCACAAGAGAAAAAUCCGCAUUACAAAAUGUGACUGUAACAAACAGAACUUUGGGAGAGAUCUCUGUUGCUGUUGCUGAACCUUUUCCUAUUCCUUAAAUUUUGGAUCUGCAUACUAGUUUUUCCUCUGUUGUACUUUAUUAUCAAUUUCGACUUUACUUUCUUUCCUUUCUUCUUUUUUUGUUUGUUUUUGUUUUUUAAUCUUGAAGAUUCUGCAGGCCGAUACCCGGAAAAAGACGGCCGUUUUUUUCCUUUUUCGUACUCUGUUACCCUCCAUCUUUGGUGCCCUAACUCUACCUUUGAUUUUUGUUGUCCUGAUUUCUUUCUUUAUCAAAUAGAAAACCUCGAGCAACUCCACGAUGUAAGUCAGCUCCUUCUUGUAGGCGUAAGAAUACAGCAAAGUCUGAAAGCUCUAAUGAAUCAGGGUAAUACAUAGUAACUUUCACGGUUUCUCUCUAUCUUUUUCUUUCAUUUCUACUUCAAAACUCUAAUCUUUCUGUUCGCUCUAUACCCAUCUCAGUCAUUUCGUCCCAUCUUUCUAUAAAUUAAUCGUUAAUUCACGACUGCCGAUCAAAAAAUUCAAAUCAAACGCACGAAGUGCAUUUGAUUCGAAUUUCUUUAUCGGCCUAAGUGACAAUUUUGAAGCUUGUGGUUUCGUUUAGGGUGUGCAAAGCGGAUCUCAAUAGAAAUUAGGACUAUGCUAUACAGUUUCCUGUUCUCACAAACGCAGAUGCACUUAUGAAGUUUUUCGAUUAUUUUACCCUAACAUUUACCCUAACUUGUUAUCAGUUGACUGUCGUUGGGUUAGGGGAGGGGUAGGAGCGUAUUUUCUCCAACAGUGAUUCCAAGUUCAGUUUUAAAGUGACAAAGAUACUUAUGUAAAGUGAAACCAGUUUCUUUACUGAAACGACGAUGGCCAUUAAGGCCCAGUGUGACCAUCAGACCUACAGUUCAAACUUCCGCCGACCCAGGCGAUGUUAGAACUUUAUUCAAGACAACAUAUACCACAGUGGUUUCAAAAGAAGCUUUCUGAUAUUUUGUCACAGCCAGCACCAAAUAGUAUUAUGUCAAGAAUCAUUAUCCGUCUUUUUAUUUGCAGUGCUUCAGCUCCGGUGCUUCUGCUCAAAAUAAAGAAGAAGUCAACAAAAUCGCACACAACCAAGGUUAGUUUUUCUCAAACUUCUUGUAGAAAGUGCAGUCCGUUUGUACUGAAUAUGCACUUAUUCCAUGGGAAGUCAUUUCAGUUUUUUGAGCUCCUCUUCACGAUACGUUUGACUUGCUACAACUGAAUAGUAUACACUUUAUAUUUACUUUGUAUAUGAGUUUAUCUUCCACAUUCAACCUGUUUAACUCUAUCGUCCUUAGUUUGCCUCCGUUGUCGAAUUUUUUUAUCCUCUCCAAACAUCGUGUUUGAUUUCCAGAUCAGCCAUUCAACUCUACGAAAUCGUUCUAACUUAGCAAAUUCUAGCCGAACGUGCAAGAUUUUUAAGAACUCUUCGCGCCGAGUGACCACCUUACCUCAGAUCAAAGAGCGUGGAGCAGUUAAAGCGAUUUGUUGUACGGUUCUCUGUUUGUUAGUACUAACAGCACUGAUUAAAACUUCGAAGAAUUCAUUCGCACCGUAAAAAUAUUCAGUUAGCUACGCAUUCAGUUAGUUUUCCGCUUAUACGAGCUGUUAAUCAAACGAACCCACAAUCAAGGGUUACAAAGCCACUUUAUGACCACGGAACAUAACAAAGUUUUUUCGUUAUCAACACAGCCACGCUAGCGCGUUGAUCCGUGCUUUCAUUCCAAUGUUUAGUGACAUCAUGAUGCAAAACUCACUUUUGUGAAGACUGCUAAAUAUCUGCUGAGUAAGAUUUAAAAACGAAUAAUAGGCAAUGAUAAACCCCGCUGAAUACCCGCAAUGAUAAAUCCUCUUUUCCACUCGACUUUAUCAUCACACCUCUGCCCUCGUGUUGCUGUGAUGGCUGCCAGCGUUACGAGGAAGACUGGAGACCAGUCAAACCUUGCAUAGGGUAAUUCAGUAUUAUCCAUUGAAUUGAUAACGUAAAUUAGCCACUGUGAAGAGUAUCAAAGAGGCCAAUUGAUUUAAUUGUGAAGGAAUUGAAAAACACUGCAUCUCAUCGUGAAACACACAAUAUAACACAAUUAUUUUAAUGAAUUAAAAACGAUUGUGAAGAAUCUUUCGUUGAACUCUGAUGUGUACAGGGGAAAAAUUACGAGACAGAGAUUCCCAAAUAUGUCCAUCGAGAUUCAGAAAUGGAUAAGCUUAACACUCAAACGGUUUACCUGCUAUACCUUCGAAUGAAAAAAGGAAAAAAAUGAAAAACAAAAGUAAAAGAGUGUAAAAAGAACUGAUCAUGUGCAUGUUGUUAACAUAAACUUGUGACGUUACACGGAAGAGGCUGACCCGCUGGUUCAUUCUCGACAUGCGUAUGAUUUCAGACCAAAUUGCAUUCCACUUAAUUCAAUUACCAUUAUGAAUUAAGUUAUCUUUAGGGAAACCAAGAGUUCCAGCGCUGUCAAUCUCCCUUUCGUUCCUAUCUUCACGUUCCUGUAAAAGAUGCCUUAAAAUCGCUUUAGCGCAUGGAGAACGACAAGUAUUCCCUCGACAAACGAACAGGAUUUUUCGAUAUUUAGAAUCCACCAUCUUAGAUUGCAAUAAGGCGAAUGAAUCGUAAAGUGCCUUUAUGCUAAUUUGCAUCUUGUUAGAAGGGUAUAUUAUUCAUCGCGCACGUGCAUUGGGAAUCAACCAACUUGAAAACAUAUGGAAGCUCUUUCUUUCAAGUUCUUGGAUAACGACAGCUAUAAACACCAAAAUUUAAUUAUAUCCUUCGAAUCCUGUAGUGUUGUAACUAACGAAAAGUCCACGAUUCUUUUCAAAUGAAGGAUAUUUAUUAGGUAAGAAUGCCUUGCGCCGCUAACGUGGAGGGGGACAGAGAGGCAGGAGCCCGGGAGAACAGAGGUCAGAAGAGGGCGGGAGAAGGGAUCUACACGAGGACGGGAAGCAGGAGCAGAGACUGAAAAGGCACUCGUUUGUUAUUUCUUAGAGCUUAUCAUUCAGUCAAAAACCUGUACUCAGCAAAGUUUUUUUUAGUGUGACCUAAUUCCAUUUAAGGUCCACCGAAGCAUUAAAGAUAAUUUAAUUCGUGCAGAAACAUAAACGUGUAAUCAACCGGUGUAAUUAGAUAUCUCUCGAAGUCGGUUACGUCAUAGGUCAUGAAUGAGAUAAAAGGAAACAUGUACACAGUGUUAGCAGUAGUAGCAGUCCGAAUUAUUCAGCGAGCAAAGCGAGUCACGUCCAACGUCGUCCAAGGACAUCUUGAUAAGCCGUAGUAUUUUUAUAUGUGGCAAUGAAAAAUCAGACCUCAUUUCUGCAACAUGCUUCUGUUAAAAUCACACAAUCACAAAGCUGAAUCAUACUGCUAGUAAAUAAAUGUAUCAUGUAAUGUAUUAACAACUUUUAAACCUUUCUGGAGAGGUUUCAAAAAGACUUCAACUUCUCAAAGAAAUCCGAGUAGUUUUAAAACGUGACUCCGAGAUCAGCCGAACAAUAAUGGGCAUUAACGGUCUAUCAGCGCUUAAAUUGAACGCCCAAAAAUGCAAACGGUUCACUAAUGGAUGUGAUGUGUAGUGAUAUGAACCAUUCGCUGAAGCCAGCUCUCAUGUAGCUCAUGACUACAGCUACUUCCCACGAAGAGCGAAUAUUACACAUAAUUUAAAAGCAAUUAGCUAAAUCAAUAGUCCUUUUUGUCAAACUGAAGACGGAAAUAAUACAAAAAAGGGUGGGAGUUGGCAGGCAAAGGGCUGGAAAAGAACUGGAGGUGGAGAACGUGGUACGGGAAGUUGGAGGCUGCGGGAUAAGAGUUGUACUCGAAGUUCAUUGAAAUCAUAUAAAAAAAGAAGUUAAGGGAAAACAAGAGCAAAUUCAACAAGUGGUUGAAGCAAGAGUUCCAUUUUGCCCGCUUGAGUAACCAAGCAGAGCAAAGGACUCGCAUCAUCCCACCCACGUGCUCUGCCAGCUAUGAAAUAAUUAGCAUUUACUGAUAAGUCUGAUUUGAUCUCUAAAGAUCAUUGUACUAGUUUUUUACCACCUAAAUUUGUCACGCGACAAAGUUCACUGUAGAAAUUGUUCUUGUUUGAAAAUUUUCACGCAAGAAACAACAGCUAAAUAAAAUACUAAAUUUGAUUAAAGAAACAUUCCACAAGAAAGCACAAGUGUUCACAACUACUUAAGCAAACAUUGGGCCUAUCACUGCGUAACUGUCCACGCAUUAUGCUUAAAAGACGGAUAAAAGCUAAUGUUAAAAUUAUCGAAAGGCAGGAACACCAUGAUUAAAAUAUAAAAUGACGCACAUAUAUGUAAGAGAGACUGGAUAUCAACCCCUUUCACUCACAGGAGGGAAUCACAUUCAACUUCUCCUUACAAUAUCCAUACAUUAUCCAGUAAACAGGUAAUGAGAAUAAAAAAAUAUCUCAGCUUAUUGCUGUGUCAGAUGUGUCACCUUGCCAUGACAUAAAAAAAAUAUUUCCUCGUAUUAAAAGAAGUUAUGUGGUGGUUACAAUGUCUAAUUUUAUCAAUACAUCUAAAUAAGUGAGGAUCAUAAGGCUUGGUUGCCAAAUAAGCAUCAUAUCUCUAGCUAAGCCUGGAGCCAUCAAUGAAGUUCCUACAUGAUCAAUGAUGUAAUACUUAUUUUCCAAGAAAAUUUCAAAACUGUAUCGCAUUUGUUCAGUUAGAUUCCAUGGCAUCAAAAGUUAAUAAAUUGAGGCUAUCAAAGCUUUCAUUUUGGAUACGAAACUUUAGUCUUAAGUUACAUCAUGGUGUGUGAAAAAUAAAGGAAUUGUACUUAUUAUGUUAAUUUCAUGAUUAUUGACUCAAAGCACCAGUUAAUCCUUAUUAGUAAUUAGUCUGUAAACUAAACGUGAUUUUAAAUAAUGAUUACUCCACGUGUCAGUAAAUUUUUAAACUGGGUUACUAUUGCAAUGCGUCCCUCAGUGGUCACUGCAAUCCCUUGUAGAUAAGAGAUGGACUCUCUCAUACGGAUAGGAGCACUUCGCACAAACUCACCAUCUUUGGUGUAUAUUUCUAUACACAAGAUGUCUGAAUUAUAUUCCUCAAAACCGACCACAACGACUUGUAAACUUUCCCUGUGAAAUGCAAUUUGUGGAUACUUCAGAGACCUUUGCAGAUCAAACUCAUUUAUAUAGCAGCCUUGUUCGCUACUUAUGUGAACACCUGUCGGAUUCCAUCCUUGCACCACCAUAAUUCUGCCAUCACUUACAGUAGUGAUGUCGCGCGGGCCACUCAAGAUUUGUCCUCCAAAACUGCAAACCAACUGACCAUUAGUAUCAUAAACAUUCACUUUACGACGUAACAUUUUAUGGUUACUCUUUAGUACCACCACUUUACCACUAUCACUGACUGACAGUUUACACGGUUCUAAGUCGUCGCCCUUUGAACUGAUACGAAACUUGUGAUGCUGGUCAGCGGUCUUGUUAAACUUAAAAAUCCAGUCUGCGUUCUCAUGACUCUUUUCUUGGAUCAGGGCAUAAAUGUUGUCAUUCAUGUCCGUGGCUAGCUGAACAGCCAUGGUUUUAAUCGAUAGCUCUUUACCGCUGUCAUCAAUAAGAGGAGGAAUUUUGAAACGUUGCACAAACUUGCCACUCUUGUCAAACACCUUGAUCGUCUUGUCAAGGUCUGCUACAAUAUAUUGCCCGCCUGAGUUGGUAGCAAUACUACUCGGAUUAUUUAACCCGCGUUCCUCUUCGCCAUCAUGACCAAGAUUCCAUGAUAAGCUACAGUUCUCCAUACCUCGUUUACAAAGUAUUUUUGUUACUCUCCAGUCUCGCAGCAGAUUAACUUUCUCCUUUCCUGUAUUAAUCAUGGGCCAUUGUGGCAAUGGUUCUUUAAUGGAUACUGUUUGUGUGACAUCGUAGGCGACACGAUUGAUAAGACAGACAUCGGAAAUAACUUUCCGUCGUUCUUCUUUGUUAAAUAAUCCCUUCACUGCCCUGAUUCCUUUCCUGAGCUUUUGUUGAAGACUUUGCUUAACCACUGGCAGACCGUUUAGCUCCUCAAUACACACUUUACAUGGUGCUACAGCAUCCGCGGGAUGGUCUAUUGUUUCUAAUACUGUUGCCAUCACUCGGUACUGCAUUGCCAAGAUGCGGUCAUGUGGUGAUAGUGCUUCAUUAGAAAAGGCAUCUGUUGCUCUUUCACGAGCUCGUUCGAAUCUCUUCUUUGCAUUGGCAAGCUUUCUCAUGGCAGAUUCGGUAAGCUCCAAGUUUUUCAUUCGUUCAGUGAGCGAUACAGCUUCCGCGCAAGCUGCUUGUUCUUUAUCCGCGUCAUACUCACUCCUCGACCCUGUCUCUUCAAAUGCUUCAUAGAGCAGCUCGAUUCCUUCUCUAAAGAAGCCAAUACUUGCUAACAAAUCUUUCCUUGAUAAUCCAUCCAGCUUGGACUUCAUGUCAUCGAUCUCUCGCAUGAUGAUGCCGCGAAACUGUUGAUCUGUUACGUCGCCAUCUUUAAGCUUUUUUGCUGCCUCAUCUCUGCCUUUAUCCACAAGCCAUCCAAUAGUCACUUUGAAAACUGCUUUUAUGAUCGCAGACAUAAUGACAGCUUGGAACUUAGUAAUCAGAAGAAAUUGGGAGCUUUUUUCAGCAAAUCUUCACAAUAAGUAACUUCUCAAGCGUAGAAUUUUCGCUAACGAAGGCUAUUAUUAGAUGAGAUUUGCAUGACAUUCAUACCCUUUUGUUUUGAGUGACUUACUCUCUAAUUGCUUUGAUAUUCACGUCUUUAUCCGCAGUUCACCUAUAUGAUUUUCAUACAUUCACAGUCAUUUACUCUCUAACGGUCGGCAUUAUGUACCAUUCGGCCACGAGACACGUGUGAGUUGCAAGUUUAGUCAGAGGAGAAGAUAGAUCGAAGGACUGUUGGAAUAUAAGAAUAAUAGAACGGGGAAAGAGGUAUGUCAUCUUCUUUAUUUUUGUGUUUAUAUACUAAAACGUGUACAAACAAAGAUAGUUUUGAUUUAUCUUUAUACACACCCCGUGUGUACGAGUUUAGGACAUUUCAAUUAGUGCAUAUUGUAUGGUAAUGCUUAUUUUAAUUAAUUGUACUUGAGUUUUUACGAUCUGCUGGGGCAUGUCGUCAUCGAAUGUAAAGAUUGGCGCGAAACCGUCACAUUGUGUAGUCGCUUAUUGAAGAGUCUUCCGUUCGCCUUGCCGUAAAGCAGAGCCAAUUCGUAACUUUUCGGUAAGUUUGUCCUCUUUUUUUCCCUGCUGAUGUUAUUCGUUGUCGUUCAUGAAAGCUUUAAUUGACAUGGCAACGAGAAUGAACUCUACUACGGUUUGCUGGCCUCCCGGUUUACCACAGUUUGCACGCGUCGGUUAGUCUGAAUGUUUAUCGUAUUAAGUAGUAUUAUGACGUGCAUUAAAUGUCGAUUGUCGAGCUCUCUUUUCUUUUCAGACUCGCGCUUACUUUUCAAAAAGAGUUUAACUUCAACGGCUCUCUGAACAUUGCAGGAGUACGUGAGAAGUUGGAUUUUCUGUGCCUUUGUGUGCAGAGUUUGACGCCAUGGUAAGAAAACUGUAUCCUUGAUCUGUUUUGACAUUUUUCAAAGUGAUAUCGGAAUGCGUUAAUUGCAAACACUAUUUUUGGCACACCAAUUAAAGCAUUCCGAUAUCCCUUUCAUUGGGAUACGGCUACACGUAGGCUAAAUCAGAGGGUGAAAGACUGAAUUUCUAUUUUUGGACUCAAACCCAUACGCUGAAUCAUGAUUUCAAACCAGAUAUCGUUAUCGCUCAGCUUUGCAUUUUAGGCUACAGAACAUAACUAAUAUUUUGUUAUGAAUAAUAUGUCUCUCAUGCACGUCACUGCCCUUAGCCUUCUUUGAGUGUUUUAUGCAUCAUUAAGUAGUGCAAUGCAAUCAGAUGAUUAGAAAGUAAAAAUGCAAGUCGAGUCACUCAGAGCAAAACACAAUACAAAUCACCUAACAUUUUCAGCCGCGCGAUUCUUUUUACAAUAAGUUUAACCAAUCAAACAUGCUCUUCAUAACAUCAGCGAAUAAUUAGCAAGAUAAGGAAAUAAAACUGUGAGUUUUUUGUUCUGACUCGAAAAAAUUAAAGGAAUCUUGAAUCUUGUUUGUGUUUGUCCCAUGUGCGCUCGUCUAUCGCGUCCUAUUUAGGUUGAAAAAAAUUUUCAUCACUUAUGGUCAUGUGAGAUGUUAAAAUACUUCUUGACCGAGUUUGACUUGGCCGGAAUUUUUUUGUUUUUUUUGUUUUGUUUUUGAGCCGACUGGCAUAGUAAUAGGAGAGCAACCGAAUUACUUGAGGUAAUGAACAUUGAAUAAAGAUGAUAUGAAAAUGAUGAGGAUGGCAACACCUUAAGAGUAGCCAAAUACUCUGUAGGUAGACCUUAUUGGAAGAGCAGAAAAAAGAGGAAAAAUAUUAACAAAAAUACUUAAUAUGGUUUACAUUUAAAAAGCUGACCACCAGAGCUAAAGAGGGAAUCUUACCCAGGGUUAAUGGGGAAACCUUUGCUGAGAUACCUAUCCACUGAAAAUAUUCCAGAGUGGACAAUAAUGCAAUAAAAAAACUCUUAUUGUUUUGGUAAUUAAUCAGCUUGAAAAUGUACAGUCUAUUCAUAUUAUUAUACAAGAAAAACAACAACAACAACAACAACAAAGUAACAAAGCCAAAACCUGUAUUUAGACUUUGCCCUCUGGGCAAUACCGAGUAAAAAGUAUUAAUUGGCCAAGUUUAGAACGGGGUUCUUUUACAUUCCUGUACAAGGCCUCCUAUUCAUUAAACAUGUUAUUUGGAAAUUUUUAUCGCUCCAUUUUAUAGCGAUCUUGAAUAAUUGUGAAUUCUGCAAUUUUACAUUUGAUUUCCUCCACAUGUUAUACAUAGUUGAACACAUCAUUUCUAUGUUUCAAACUGCAUUUAGAAUAUAUAAGCAAAUUAUUUUCCGUUGGUGCUUUAAUUUACUGGAAGUAAUUAGGGUAUAAUAAUAAAAAGCUAAGUUUUUGCGUUUGUCUCACGAUGUAAUCACGUGUGAUGUAGGUCGCGACGUUUCGACUGCAUACUGCUAGUGUUCUUCAGGCGAUGAGGUCGACUGGUCAUGCGUAAUCUUAUAAAGCAUGAUGAAGAAGACUAGCAGUAUGCAGUCGAAACGUCGUGAUCUACAUCACACGAGACUAUAUCGUGAGACAAACGAAAAACUUAGCUUUUAUUGUUAUUUACCACGAUGAAUAACCACAACCUUUUUAACGUAAUUAUGGUAUGCUAUUACAUUUAAUAAGUAUAUUUAUAUAUAAUGAAAUAGCAUAUAAUCUAUACAACCACUACAAUUUUAGAUGGACUAUAAAAAAUAUCCUGAUUUUUUAGAUGAUAGGCUUAAUUUAUAUUUUUUUAUUGUAUCAGUUCAAAAUAAGUUUCUUAGUCACUCGCUUUCAGAGCACAAUAUGUGAAUUAAUAGCUUUUUGUGUGGUGUAUUUUAACUACAAUAGCUAGUUAUAGUCUGUGUAUUUUAGUGAUAAAAAUUCUAUUACACAUUACAUGAUUGAGAUUACAUGAAUCAUACACUGAUGAAAGAGAAACGGUUUUAAUAAAGUAUGACAUUUAAUAAUUUGUAACAAUUGGACAUCUCUUUUUUAAUUAUGUAUGGGCCUCAAAUAGGACAAGUCCCGAUAUCCUCAGUUUCAUUGUGGGUUUGCUUCAUCUAGGAAGCAAUUGAAUUUUGAACUAAAUUAUUUCGUCAAUGCAAUUUCAAACAUUUUGUAAUCAUUUGCAUGUGUCUUCUUCUAAGUCGCCUUUAGAAGUAGAAGUUUUGGUCAACUAAAGACAAGAUUACGAGAUUUAGGAGAAUUCUUAAAGUCCAUGAAAUGGUUAUUAAGGCUUGCUUUCAUGUGAUCUUAAAUUGUUCAUGGAUGGUUCAUAAGGAGACUUUCAUUUACUCCUGAAAGCUAAACUAAAGGUUCAUUUCAGAACUUUCGUACAUCACUAAGAAAUGACUGAAAUGUUUCUAAUGUUAGUCUUUAACUUACCUUUCAGGUAACUUAACUGAACUAUUUUAUCUUGUGUUAUUAAAUUAACACUGAACGUAUAGCGAUGUAUGCAGCAUUACAGAAAGUGUCACCCCUUCCAAAUGGAUAUCACUAGCAAAAUAACUUUAGGAAGACCGAUAAAUAUUCUCGUAGCUACAUGUACAUCAUGUGUUCUUUCUCCAUCUUCUGCUCCUUAUCUCAUGGUUCACUUUCUCUCGCCGAAAAUAAAGGGCAGCUGGUUUAACCAACUUUGACGAGCCAUGCACGAUUUCGUUCAAACUCUCUCAAUUUUGAAAAUACAACAUUGCAAAUACGCACAUGAUGAACACAAACUAACACACAACACAACAAGUCCAAAAUAACUAUCAAAGUGACCUUAUUCUUUUCUUCCUUGGCUUUCAUAAUCCCAGAAUUGUUUAAAGCAUUACCCAAAGAUGUAGUUCGAUCUUUUCUCAGAGGAAACAAAAACUAGGGAAUCAGAUACUAAGUUCACAGAUGAGUUUGUUAUGUCUUGUAUUUCUUGUUAGAUUUUGCUGGCAAUGGUGAUAUGAACGGGGAGGAAGAGGGUGAAGUGCCGCUUUUGUCGGAAACCCUGAAAACAACUUACAGCAUUGCCCGGUCUGUAUUCCACUCACUAAUUUGUAACCGUCAAGGUUCCUUUUUUGUUUCAGUGCGCCUUCAGAGGCAUGAUUCCAGACAAUCACUGAUAAUAAUCAGCGAUUGUUAAUGAUCACGGUUGACGAGAUGAAACUUAAGAGUUGCCACCCAAUUUAGCUUAAUAUCCCAUCUGAGAAAGAGAAAAAAUUGAGUCCGAUACUGAUAGACCCUAUUUUAUCAGCGUCUGAUACCAUCGGAGUGUAUAUAUUUAAAAUAAAGACUAUGUGCAGAAUGUAUUCCAGACAACCGCUAUUUUUAAGACUGUUUCAUAUAUUUUUGUUUUAACAUUCAACCUACGUUUCUAAUGGCAUAGAUGCACAGGGGCUAUAAAACCAAUAGAAAUCCUAUACGUUUAUAGCCUAUCCUGAUUUUGAUGAAAUUAUCCCCUUCUUUCUUAAAAAGUAGCGAACGAAGCAUGUAAGUACCACCAUAAAUUUGCUAUUGAAGCUUGGAGCCUUCAAUAAACGAUACCACACGGAUCAUUUAUAUCCAGUGCUCCUCUACACAAUCCUGACCAAGUAUCCAUGAUACAUCACGAUGCUCCAUAUCCUGCUGUUUACGCAGCGCAAUAAAUCAAUCAAUAAACUUUAUUUAACUGUCUAAAACUUCUAGUCAGCCCGGAAGCCGACUAAUCGGGGACACUCGCAAUAAAAUUACAAAUAAAUUAAGUUAAGUUAAGUUAAUAUAUAUAUAUAUAUAUAUAUAUAUAUAUAUAUAUAUACAGAUAUAAAAUUCCAUUUACAUUUUAAAAUACGGACUAAAAUAUAAUAAUUUCUACCUAUACAACUAUAUACAAACUUCAAAUACGUCUAAAAUAAACACACUUCGGACAAUUCCUGUACAGACGUAAUUUGAAAUAGGUUAUAAGGUCUUUUGUGCGGAUGUUUGAGACGAAUGAUGUCAGAGUUAGCAUUUGUCUGUCGCUAUGUCCAAGUUUUGACAAAAGUUUUGACAACAAAUAUGGUCCGAGAUAUCUUAGCUCUUUGUCGAUGGUGACGCCCAGUAAUUUAAGUUCUUCAGUAGUAUUGAUAGUGUGGCCAUUGAUGUCGACAGAUGUUAGGGAUGGCUCGUGUUUCUUGCCGAUUAUCAUGGCUUGGUAUUUGCUUAUUUCCCACCACGUGAUUUUCCUGGUACCAUGAUGACAUUUGACCCCCUUCGCUCCUAAUUGUGUCCAUUAGGUCCUUGACAUUACUAUGCGCGUAAUAAAGCUGAUGGUCGACGGCCUACAUUGAUAGAAUUGACGCACGACUCAGGUAAAAGAGAUCAUUCUGGCAGAUAUUCCAGAGUAACGGGCCCAAAUUGGAUUCUUGGGGACAGCCCAUUUUUAUUUCUUUCCAUUCACUAACCGCAGUUCCUAAUUUAGUUCUUCCUUUAAGUUCUUCAAAGAAUGAGUGCAUCAGUGAUAAGGCCCCUUCCGAGGAGCCGUCAGGCUUUAGUUUAACCAGCAGCAAGGUGAGAUGCAUCGUAUCAAAGGUGGUCUGACAGCUGUACAUUUUACGGUAGGCUGACAUGAAUAGGUCAAAAAUCGUUUCAAGAUUUUUUGGCAUCUGUUUACUUUGAAGCUGCUCAAAUAUUUUGUCAACCACUGUUAAUACAAUUAGAGGUCUAUAGUUGGUCUUCUCCAGGGGGUCCUCUUUCUUGAAAACUGGAUCCAUUCUCCCUUUUUCUAGAUAUUUGGCGAUGUCUUCUCUGUGAUACAUUGAUUAAAAAUUGUUGUCAGUGGGUCUGCAAGUUCUUGUGCCGCUAUUUUCAAAGCGUGUGACGGUAUCAUGUUAAAACCAAUGGCUUUGUUGGUAUUCAAAUUCUUGAGACUUAAAAAAGUUUCCUCUUUCGUGAUUUUCCUGAAGAUAAGAAGUUAGAGUUCCAUCUACUGCGUAUGGCGGGGACGCUUGGGUGUCUAUCGCAUUCUUCUGUUGUGAGAUUCAUUGCAGGGCCGUUAUCAAAACUGCUUUCACCUACAGUGGAAAAACAGUCAGCAAAUUGCUCGGCUACUGAUCGUUGAUCUUGUAAUAGAGUUCCCUGGAUGUUGAGUGUGAUAUCCGUUUUAUCUUUGACCUUUUUGUUGUUGAGAAAAGGCGUGAAAGUCCUGUAGAACGUCCGUACGUCAUGCAGCAAGUCAACUUUCUCCUCUCCUGUAUCAACCGUGAGCUAUUCUAGGAGCAGUAAACUCCUACUGGAUAUAGAUUGUGUGACACUGUAGGCGAAACGAUUGACGGGACAGACACCGGAAAUUAUUUUCUUUGUUCUUCAUUACCGGUUAAACAAACCCCUUAAUUUCUUGUCUUGAGCUGUACUUUAAACCUUUCCUGAACCACUGACAGACCGCGUUUAGCUCUAAAAUACACAUUUUACUAGGUACUACAGCAUCCGCGGGACUGCCUGAUGUCUUUAGUACUGUAACCAUCACUCGGUUCAGCAUUUCUAAGAUGCGGUCAGAUGUUGAUAGUGCUUUCGUUCUACAUAGCGCGACAACUGUGCCAUGUGACCCCUCUUAGUUAAACAAGUUGUCUCAGAACACAAGCAUAAACAUUUACUCACGAAACUAUAAAAAAUAUCAUAACACCAAUGAAUUUAAAUUUUUCGACACGAUAAAUAACUAAAGCGGAGCAGUGAAAAGGCCAGGACAAAACCAGUUCUAAAUCCUGAACAUAUCCAAAAAAUGAGAACAGUCCAUCAGAGGCUAUGAAUAACACAAGGAAAAUAAACAGCUUUACACUUCAGCAAUUACAAACUUGAUCUAUGAGAUAACCCUCUUGAUAAAGAUGCAUUACGUAAAUUACGGCAAUUUUUAAGAAUAUUGGAUAAGUUUGUCCUAACGUUCAACUUAUAUUUCUCAUAACAGAAAGAUGCACAGGGCCAUGAAAUUUUCGAAGACUAUCAGUUAGCUCAGUUAAAUUUAUCCUUCGUCUCUAGUACAAAGCUUCAUUCUGCCGAAGGGCUAACACUCGAAACGUCAGCUUUGAAACUCUUUACGGCGGCCGAUUUACGAUAUCAACUCGGUUGAUCAUACCAAAUUACCUUCUCGCACAAAGCAGCGAACUAAGCAUGUCACUGAAUUUCUUCGAGGUCUCAAAGAAAGUACUUGGGGUAUAAAGGGAGGGAAUAGCGAUAUUCUUCCAAUUCUACUAGUUACCCCGUUUGCCAGUAUCCUCCUUGUGAGAAACUGGUUAUUACAACUCAACUACCCUCAUCAGCCUGAAUUUAGGCGGAUAAACAAUGAUUACUGAAACCUGAGGUCAUCGAACACGUACGCAACCAAACCACUCCUAUUCUGGCAGAUAUCAGAAGAAAUUGGAAAAGUACCUUUAAAAAGUUCAACAUGUUUUUGGACCGGUAGGAAAAAAAUAAAACAAAAUAACAAAUAUAAAAACAAGAAUAAUGAAAUGUGCAGAACGGCCGUGGGUACGAAAGCUCUGGGAAUUUUUCAUUCCCCAAUUGUUGUUGUAUUUCUCUAAAUAUUAAAAAAUUUUCGUUUCUGAUGAGAGAAUUUCGAUUCAGCUGCCACAGGGGUAGUUACUGUGUAUGACUCUCAGAAAUCACAUUUGUAGGAAUCCUCGCUUAAAAUGAAGUUUUAAAAGGUUUUAAGAUCCUCUGAAUUUAACAUGUAACUUCCGGUGAAAAAUGUUUGCCGUCGUUUUUUAGCCAAUAUUGAUCUUGUAUGACAGACAGCGAAAACUUUUUUACACAACAAUCAAAGCAUUUUGGUAGAAAAUAUUUUGAGCCGGGGCUUAUAGAUUGUGAUGACGAUGUCCUUUAGUAAUAUCUAAAUUACAAUUGUUCCUUGCGAGUUACAUGAAAAAAAUCAGCUGGCACCUAUUGCUUUGAAAUAUGUACAAACGGUAAAAACGAGAAAAAACGGAAUAAUUAGAUUUAGAUUAUCAUAACACGUGUAGAAACCUUUACUUUAAUGAGAUGGUCGCACCGUGUAAGUUCUAAACGUCGUAAAAAUGUUUGCAAAUAAAUUUUGAUUGCAACAUUUUUUAUUACGUAAAUGAAUUAAGAAACUGGUAGGUUAAUGUUUAGUGUUCGUUUAUUUUCUAGAGUGUAAUCACCAGUUGUUUGAUUGGACAUCACCAGCCUGGUUUGAGCACUAAGGGCACAAUUAACACGUCAUGUCUGUAUAAGUGGACAGCAGGCGUCAAAGUCACGCGCUGUUGUCCCGCAUAUCGCGGAGUUAAUUGUUUAUGAAAACGCAUAAUCGAUGUCUCGUCUGACCAAGUUUCCAUCUCGAAUUUUGUCAUAGUUUUGAUUAGUUGGUAACAGGACUUCGUGUCGUCCAAUACUGUCUGUAAUCCUACUAACUGGGUAAUGCGCCGAUCAAUUCGAGGCUUCAACAUCCCCCGCCCCCGCGCUGAGCAUUUGACUGUCGUCCGUACCGGGGUGGUGUGAAGAGCUUAAACCAGAGCCGUAAAGUCUUUCCAGCGGAAUAAACGUGGUUUAUCUUUUGAUAUGGAGGUUUUUAAACAUACGAUACUGAUAAAAGGAAGAUCAGAUCCAGCAUUUGGGUGAGGAAUUUAAACACAAUUUUGGCCUCAGGAGGCGGGAAUUUGAGCGAACCAAUCUUGAAAAGUUCAAAUGCAUGGGGGCUGCUCGUUGCAUUUGACGCUUCGAGUUGAUCGACGCAUGUACGUUUGACUGAUUGAUUUUCGGACAAGAAUAAACCCGUUGGUAACAUAUUAGCGGGCUAUGUCAAACAAGGCUAUCUGAGUAAAAGUUUCGUAAACUCGUCUUCUUGCGUUUAAGAUUAUUUUGAACUUAAGUAACUCAGAGUGGUUUCUUUACAUUCAUUCAAAGCAGAGUCGCGAGCUCUUUGCAUUCCGUUACUUGCGGAAUGGUUUCUACUCACAUGUACACCUGGCCGAUUAUUCUUUUGGCGCUUCCGUCGCUUUUUAUCUCAGUCAGUCGCAGUCAUGGUAAGUAGUAAGCCUAAAAAAGCAAGCAGAGAAGCUUUUCACAGAAGCUGAAAUAGGACACCGGUGUUAUGCAAAAGUGAAACAAUCAUUCUCUAAAAAACGUUUCUCAACGACUCUAUUUGGCAGGUCGGAUUAGAUAAACGUUUAUAUAUUCUUUUACGACCUGUGUUUGUUUUUCGAGUUGAAAUUUGAGUGAAGCCUUUUUUCUUCGAGGGAUCCAUCCAAGUAAAGUAGGUUGAAGAGUUAAGAUGAAUCAGACUAACAUUUUUUCUCGGAUUGAGCUCGGUUGUAUUACUCGGUUUGGCCGAUUGCUUAUCGAUUUGGAAAGGUGAACCCGAUGUUCGUGGAGGCUUUGUGAAGAAGGAGCGAAAAUGGUGGCAAAUAUCGAUAGCUUAAAUGAAACAAACUUUAGCAAUCCAUGCCAGCUGGUGCUGGAUCGUACAUCGAUGUAAGUGAGUUAGUUGUUGAGGUAAUGAAAAUAUCUGGAAUCGCUGAAUAUCGGAGCCGCAAUUAGGAAAGGUGUUUGCGUGGUAAACUGUAUGUUCACUCUCAGUUUUUUGUUAUUUACGGUUCGGUAAAAGCCAAGUUUUUUUUGUUUGUCUCACGAUGUAGUCACGUGUGAUGUACAUCGCGACGUUUCGACUGCGUAUACUGCUAAUCUUCUUCAGUCUUCAUCGCCUGAAGAAGACUAGCAGUAUGCAGUCGAAACGUCGCGAUCUACAUCACACGUGACUACAUCGUCAGACAAACGCAAAAACUUAGCUUUUAUUGUUAUUUACCAAGAUGAAUAACCACAGCCUUUUUUACGGUACGGUAUUGACAAACGCGUUAUGCAUCUGAUUUUAAAGCUCAUGGUGCCCGAAUGAUAUGGAAUCGAAAUGUUGUAUGUAGGUGGCAUGUAUAAAAUUGACUUUGUGGCUGUGACUUGUGGAAAGAUCGUAUUUCUCUUGACUUUUGGAAGCGUAUCCUGUAGUAACAAGUCCAUGUGCUUUCUAAGAUGCGAUUUGAACUACGUUAUGUUCGAUAAUUUGGUUUCUUCGAGUUCGUUUUGGAUGAAAGUGAAUUAUUAACAAACUUUAUGAUUUAGUUUAAUGCAUGUAUUGUAAUUUUUGAUCUCUCCUGGUCAGACAAGUUACAGAGCCAAAUAAUUAUAUUAUAUUAUACAAUAAGAAAAAAAAAUACAAUUUUAGUUGAAAUAGAAUUUGCCCAAGAAAUGUUCAGUAUCCAAGUAAUGAUGAUAAUAAUUAUUAUCCAUGGAUAUUAUAAGUAGAAGUUACAUGUUAAACUCUUCUAGGGGUUAAGGGGUUAAAAUUACAGGUGGUACAACUAAACGUUAAAGCUGUCUGCUACAUAUAUAACUAUGGUUUAUACAGUUUUGAACAUGUUGAUCUGGAAAGUAACCUGAGUUACAAUUGGAAUUGGUGAUGUUUAAUACUGCAGAAUGCAGACAAUACAAAAUCCACUUCAAACAAGUUUUCAAAAUAACUUCUGAUUAUAGGCUCGUUCCUAUUAUUUAUAACAUUAUUGUGCUUGAGAAGGAAAUUUUUCACUUUUUGUCGCCUAUUUGAUCAGAUUCAUUUCCAAAUAUAAAACACAAGGCUUGUGUAUGGAAGAAAUUUCUCCUUCUCUUACAUUUUCCAUUGCAGCCAUAUGAAAAAUUGUUCUCACAAACUAAGAAUGCCAUUUUAAACUUUAAGGUGCCAAAGGCACUAUCAAUCAAUUCUUAAUACAAAAAUGCAAUGAUUGUUUAGGUUUGAUUUAAUCUUGCCAAAAAACAGUUAACCCACAACACACCUUGACAUGCAUGCUUAAAACAAUAGGCCAUUUUACAAUUAUGCACUUAGCCACAAAGACUUUGAUUUGGAGUGAAGCUGAAGGUGACCUUGUUAUGAUAGAGACCAGUAUCUAGUUUGCAUGAUAACCAAGUAAUUUACAAUACAAUACAAUAAAAUACACUUUAUGAUUACGGCUCCCCUACAUGUAUAUGAGGGUAUUCUGUUGUAAUACAAUAAUAUUUAUAUAAUAAUUUACAAUGGGUCAGAGAAUAUUUACAUGUGUUGCAAAGAAAAAAGACCAAAAAAAAUUUUAAAAUAAUAGUACAAGAAAAAAAAUAAUAAUGAUAAUUAAUAUAAUUUCGUAUAAAGGUGUAAAAGGGUUGAAAGAUCCAUUUAAGAAGAGUUUCAGAUAAAAUGGGCCACUUUCCUUUUAAGAUCUAAAAUAUCAUUUGUGCUUUGAAUUCACAUUUGAAAAGCAGCAAGGUUUGUAUCAUAACAAGGUCACCCUUAGCCUUACUCCUAUUCAAAGGCUUGGCAACCAAGCACACAACUGUAAAAUGGACUAUUGUUAUAAACACAUCUACCCCUGCCACUGAAGUCAAGAAGUACAUUUCUAGAGCAACAGCUACAAUUCUAGGCAGAGCUAUGAAUAAUUUUAUUCCUCCCAUAUUCCUAUUAAUAUGUCUUUAAUCAUUUAUUUUUGUUAUGUAAAGAAUGUUCAAGUGCUCUUGGUAUGGAGAGUGGCCACAUCAAAGAUGCUCAAAUCACUGCAUCUUCACAAUGGGAUAGAAAUCAUGCGGCAAUCCAGGGAAGAUUGAACUUUAAGGCUGGUGGAGGUAAACAAGGAGGAUGGUUAGCUCGGUGGAGUAAUGGAAAUCAAUGGAUCCAGGUGGUUCUUGGCAGUUACACCAAAUUGACAAGUAUAGCAACACAGGGAAGGAAUGCUUACAGCCAGUGGGUAACGGCAUACAAGCUGCAGUAUAGUGAAGAUGGAGUGAACUUCUACUUCUAUAAAGUACCAGGACAGAGUUCACCUAAGGUACAUAAAUUACCAUGUGUCAGAUAUUGAAAGCUUUUUGGGUAUAUCUCAAGUCAACCUGUAGAAAAUGAACCUUUAAGUGGACAAAAAUCUGUUGAUACUCAUGUUGCAUCAUUGUUUGAAUUGAAUAAUAAUUAUAUUGACAACUAAGUUAAGGAGAAAUGUUGGCAUGUUGGUGAUUAUGCUUUGCAUUUCUAAGAAUUGCUUUGUUCAACCCUUAAACUCCCAGAAGUGAUUCCCAUGUAACUUCUCCCAAAAAUAUCCAUCCACUAUCCAGCAAACAGGUAAUGAGAAUACUCAAAUAUAUCAUGUAGAAGUUGUUAUCUUGGUAUAAUACCAGAUUCUUGCAACUAAGUUACAAGGAAAUGUGUAGCAGUGAGAUGUGAGAAUUGACAACCAGAUCAUGGGAGUUAAAGGGUUAUUUACAUGUAAUAAGCAAUUAAUACUCGACUACACAGAAUAAUGCCAAUGAUGUUAAUUUGUUAUGGGAAUCACUUAUCUUACUAGAUUUUGUAUGUUGAUCAUUUAAGGUUUUUAAAGGAAAUAAAGACAGGGAUAGUAUUGUGUAUCAUAAAAUAAGCCCACCAAUCCAAGCGCGUUAUAUCAGACUCAGACCCACAGCAUGGUAUAGUUAUAUAUCACUCAGGAUGGAGCUGUAUGGUUGUCCAGGUAUGGUAACUGUUACUCUGAGUCAUUAAUCAACAUUAACUUAUGCUUGGAGUACCUGCUCAUCCAUGUAUAUUGUCAAUUGACAAACAGUUCUUUUAGUUAUUUUCAAAUAUUUAAAGAUAUUGGGCUAACACAUUAACAUCAUCUAGGGAUUGCAAUUGGGUGCAAGAGAGAACUUCUAAUUUUGGGGGAUUUUGUAGACGGAAUUAUAGGGUAAGGAUGUUGAUGUGUGGUUGAUUGACAAAAGAUGUACAGAAUUAAGGAAAUGUUUUUGAAGGACCAAACAUUUGGUACUUGUAAAUAAGCACUUGGUAGCAAACAUUUUAUUUUCCAUAUCAUGCGGUAAAUUGUGUUGCUCACAUUACAUGAUGAAAGUCAUUUUGUAGGGAUAACAUGACAAUAUAUUUUACUUGAGAUGUUUCUUAUCUUGUAGGUUCAAGUUAGUUAAGGACUUAAGUAUUUCACACCAAUUUUACAGUAUUCACAAAAGCCAAAAAUUUAUAUUAAAACCAAACAGUUUGAGGUUCAAUUUUCGCAGCUAUUCCAUGCUAAUUUGCUCAAGAACAAGUUUCAACUGGUUACUUUGACACGAAAGCAACCAUGUUUUCCAAACUUUUUCUAAGUUGAUUUACUAAAAGCAUUAUAAUUUGCCAAACUGUCUGUCCUAUGGAAUGCCCCAAUCACAAAGUUUUUAUUUCACUUCAUUAAUUGUUUACAAAAACACCUGUCUAUUCCAGUAAAGGAAAAUGCAAUUAGAAGUAAGUCACUGGUUCCCAGGAUGGUGCAAGUUAUGCUAAGACAUCUGAUUGUUUUUGUGACUUCUUGAUGAGCUAUACUUAUGAAAUUCAUGGGAUUUCUCAUUUAGAUUUGAAGUUAACGACCCUGAGAGCAAUCUGGGAAUUUUCCAUAGAUCUCAUCCAUCACAUAGGAUAGUGUACCUGCAUGCUUUAAAAGGAGUAAAUUCUUCAAUUACUAUUUUGUAAGAUUUUGCAGAUUUUGAGAACUGUUUGCUAUAAUUAUUGUGUGAGUGUGAAUUGUGUGGUUUUGCAUCUGCAGUUAUCUGAUAAGAAGUCUUGUUACAGUAACUAUAUCUACACAAGAACCGAUGUAUUGCAAAAUGUCAAGCCAACAAAUUGCAUAUUUUGCAUGACUUUAAAAUAAAACUGCUCUUUCACUUUCUUUAUUUAUGUAAAGUAUGUUCAAGUGCUCUUGGUAUGGAGAGUCGCCACAUCAAAGAUGCUCAAAUCACUGCAUCUUCACAAUGGGAUAGAAAUCAUGCGGCAAUCCAGGGAAGAUUGAACUUUAAGGCUGGUGGAGGUAAACAGGGAGGAUGGUCAGCUCGCUCGAAUAAUGGAAAUCAAUGGAUACAGGUGGCUCUUGGCAGAUACACCAAAGUAACAAGUAUAGCAACACAGGGAAGGAAUGCUUACAGCCAGUGGGUAACGGCAUACAAGCUGCAGUACAGUGAAGAUGGAGUGAACUUCUACUACUAUAAAGUACCAGGACAGAGUUCACCUAAGGUUAAUGUAGAGGCAGUUACUUGGUUUAAAACUGUUAAAAAUAUAUUCUUAUGGCUGCACAGUAUACAGGUAACAGUUAAUAUAUAUGUUGCAAGUAGUCCUAUUAAGUUAUCUGCAAUGACCAAGGGGCUUAUAAGCCCCUGAUCAUGCAGUCUACCAUGGAAAAGGUUAAUUAUGCCACAUAUCUAGCCUGGCAUUCAAAAUUGGUGUUUCAUGACUUUCUCUUGCAUAUUUACAACAAGUACAAUAAACACGUUACAAUUUUAAAUGUUAGUUGAUAUUAUUGGAGAAUCAUGCAUAAUCCAACAGGAAUGGCAUGACUGUGGUAGCUGACUACUAAUUUUGCUUGCAUGUAUUUGUAGGUAUUCAAAGGAAAUAAAGACAGAGACAGCAUUGUCUAUCACCAGUUAAACCCACCCAUCAAAGCUCGCUACAUCAAACUUCGACCAACAUCGUGGUAUGGUCAUAUAUCGCUAAGAAUGGAGCUGUAUGGUUGCACAGUAGGUAUGAUUAUUAUCUUACAUCAACUUAUUUGGCACUGAAAAUUGGAAGGGUGAAACACGUGUUUUGAUAAUAACCAGCAUAAUGCUGAAAUAUGGAUAUGCCAAGAAACUCUAGAUUGUUAGAUGCUACACUAUGACAUAGGUAGAAAAUUUCUGCUUAAUCAAAUUUUGUCUAACUUUUAACUUUUCAAUAGAACUGGACGUACCUACCCACAAACAAACUUCACACCUCUGUACAUAAACACGCACUCAUGAAUUGUUCUUUUACCUUCUUUAUUUCUGUAAAGAAUGUUCGACACCUCUUGGUUUGGAGAGUCGACGCAUUAAAGAUGCUCAAGUCACUGCAUCUUCGCAAUGGGAUGGAAAUCAUGCAGCAAUCCAGGGAAGAUUGAACUUUAAGGCUGGUGGAGGCAAGCAAGGAGGAUGGUCAGCUCGGCAGAACAAUAAAAAUCAAUGGAUACAGGUGGCUCUUGGCAGCUACACCAAAUUAACAAGUAUAGCAACACAGGGAAGGAAUGCUUACAGCCAGUGGGUAACAGCAUACAAGCUGCAGUACAGUGAAGAUGGAGUGAACUUCUACUUCUAUAAAGUACCAGGACAGAGUUCACCUAAGGUAAAUGUAGUAUCAGUUAAUUGGCUUUCAACUGUAAAAAUAUAUGCCUAUAGUUGCACGGUAUAACAGUUAUAACAUGUUGCAAAUAGUCCUAUAAGUUAUGUGCAAAUACCAAGGGGCUAAGUGCCUGAUCAUGCAGUCUACAAUGGAAGAGGUUCAUUAUCUAGCCUGCAUGGCAUUGCGACAAAAUUGGUGUUUCUUGACUUUCUCUUGCAUAUUUACAACAAGUGCAAUAAACACGUUACAAUUUUAAAUGUUUGUUGAAUCUAUUGGAGAAUCAUGCAUAAUCCAACAGGAAUGGCGAGACUGUGGCAACUGAUUAUUAAUUUUACUUGCUUGUAUUUGUAGGUAUUCAAAGGAAAUAAAGACAGGGACAGCAUUGUUUAUCACCAGUUAAACCCACCCAUCAAAGCUCGCUACAUUAAACUCCGACCAACAUCAUGGUAUGGUCAUAUAUCACUAAGAAUGGAGUUGUAUGGUUGCUCAGCAGGUAUGAUUGUUGUCUUACACUUGUUUUGGCACUGA